UUCAGAAGUUUUUUUUGAUAAAAAAUCAGAAAGUGCGAGAAAAUUCCCAAGAAAACCUCAACAACCGAAAAGAAAGAAAGAAAGAAAGAAAGAAAGGAAAGAAAAAACAGAGAAGCCGUUUGAAAUCGAAUCGAAUCAAAUAAAAUCAAAUCAAUCCUCUUGGAAGCGUUGAGUUUGAAUAGAAAUUGGUGUGAAGAACUUGGAAAGAUGGUGGCUGAAGCAGAGCUUGUGUGUCAACAGAGCGUGGCGUUGUUGGAUGUGAAGUAUUUUCCGAACAAAGGGACUGGAAUUCACGAGAUCGAAGACGCAGCACCCACUGCUAUCUCGCCUCCGAGUUUUGACCGAGCUCGACCUUCUGAAUCGGUCUCCGCUCAGUUACUCACUUCACAAGAUGAAGCCGGACCUACCGAAAGAAUCUCAGAUGCAGCUCUUGAAAAUGCUGUUCUGCAAUUUGUUCCCUGCAUCCGUUCUGGUAGUUUUGCUGAUAUUGGGCCACGAAGAUACAUGGAAGAUGAACAUAUAAGGAUAGAUGAUUUGUCGUCUCACCUUGGAUCACUACACACCUUUCCUAAACCGAGUGCUUUCUACGGGGUUUUUGACGGUCAUGGAGGACCUGAAGCUGCAGCUUAUGUAAGAAAAAAUGUAAUAAAAUUCUUCUUUGAGGAUGGUAGUUUCCCACAGACAUCUGAAGUAGAUAAUGUGUUUCUGGAAGAGGUUGAGAAUUCCCUAAGGAAAGCAUUUCUUUCAGCUGACUCGGCAUUGGCUGAUGAUUGCAGUGUGAACACGUCAUCAGGCACCACGGCUCUCACUGCUUUGGUGCUUGGAAGGCUUCUGAUGGUGGCCAAUGCUGGUGAUUGCCGGGCAGUUCUCUGUCGUAAAGGAGAGGCCAUUGACAUGUCUCAAGAUCACAGGCCUAUAUAUGCAUCAGAGCGGAGGCGAGUUGAAGAAUUGGGCGGUUACAUAGAAGAUGGUUACCUUAAUGGGGUUCUGUCCGUUACUCGAGCCCUAGGUGACUGGGACAUGAAGUUACCAAAGGGUUCUUCCUCCCCUUUGAUUGCAGAGCCUGAGUUCCGACAAAUGGUCCUAACAGAGGACGACGAAUUCCUCAUCAUAGGGUGUGAUGGCAUCUGGGAUGUGAUGUCAAGUCAGCAUGCAGUUAGCCUUGUUCGCAAAGGUCUGAGGCGACACGAUGACCCUGAUAAAUGCGCAAGGGACCUCGUCAUGGAGGCAUUGCGCUUGAACACAUUUGACAACCUCACUGUUAUCAUUGUUUGCUUCUCUUCCCUUGACAACAAUGAGUCCUCUACACCUCCGUCUCCACCUUGCCAGCGGAAAAUUAGAUGUUGCAGCCUCUCUGCAGAGGCUCUUUGUAGCUUGAGGAGUUUAUUGGAAGGGAGUGCCAGCAACUAAGCGUGUAUGUACAUUAACAUCAAAUAAAAUGUGAUUGUGGAGAUAUUGUAUGCUGUUUUUGGCUGCUUCAGUUAUAUUACCCAUUGGAAAAAGUAGCCAUAAUUUUUUCCUACGUGGUCGGUUGAUGUACAUAGACCGGGGUCAGGGAUCCGUGGUUGGUGGUUGCAGCAGCGGUGAUGGCGGUG